AUGUCUAUGAGGAAGCCUACACUACCUAGAAUUCUUCUCAACGAUGUGUCUUGCAUGAGAAAUGCACAACAAAUCUUGCGGCACGUGAAUGGGUCGGUUCAUAAUGGUGGAGCACUUGUGCUGAAAGGGAGUAAUAAUGACUCUGGCAAGACCAUAUUCUUGCGUAUGUUAGCGGGGUUCUCACGACCUUCUGCUGAUCAAAUGCUUCGGAAUGGCCAUGACAUUAGUCAGUCAGGAACCUUCCACCAAUACAAGCUUCAACUAAAUUGGCUUUCCCUCAAGGAUGCAGUGAAAGAAAAGUUCAUUGUCCUCGACAAUGUUCAGUGGUUUGAGGUUCUUGAAGGUAAGCAUGGGUUCAUUGUAUAG